CUCGCCUCAGCCUCAAUCCUCUCGCUCUGCUACAGCUUUGUUUUUAAACACAGGGCUCACGCUCGUCCUUAACCUCGCUUUCUGAGAUGAGCCUUCGGUAGAAUCCGGGGCCCUUUCCGGCUAAUUUCGCCUUCUGGUUAAGAAUACCCAAGUCCUCGACGAUGCCGCGCUCUCCAGACGGUCCAUCCAGGUGGUUGAGCGACGGGCGGGCGGGCGACGCACUCCACGCCGCGACUUCGGAGCGGAGAGCGUUCGAUGGGAGCUCUUCAACGUAUCUUACCUCCUCAAGAAGCUCCGCCAACCCUACCUCUUCCAGUUUGACCAGAUCCAGCUCUAGUUCAAGUCUUUCGUCCGCGGGAGGCUGCCUCCUGGAGCCCGCAGAGGUAGACGAUGACGUCUGUAGCUCGUCGUCUAUCCCUUAUUCAUCUCCCUCCCCACUGCCUCCGCAUCAACAUCUCAGCUCUGAGAUUGUAUACAUGGCUCCGCCCAGACCGAAAAAUCCGCUAUCUUUUUUGUACCGUCCCCGCAUUACGUGGGACUACUCCUUUCAACCAGCGCUAUCCUAUCUCCAGAGAAUCGACCGCUCCCCUAGCCCUGAGAUCAAGCAGCUCGGCGACACGAAGUACCAAUACAGACAACUCGAUGCACAGCGGAGGGAAAUCCGACUGUUGCGUAUCUUGCCGCAGAAGACGUCCUGGAUGGAGUGCGAACUCUCCCACGUGUCGCUAAGUGCGCCACCAGAGUAUGUCGCCAUCAGCUACGCUUGGGGUGACCUGGAGGAUACCCGCUCCAUAAUGCUGGAUGGCCACGAUUUCCCCAUAACUCUUAGCCUCUGGCAGAUUUUAAAUCGAUUGCGGUCUGACGAUGCUGUUAUUAUUGUCUGGGCCGAUGCUGUUUGUAUCAACCAGAAGGAUUCAACCGAACGAAGCCACCAAGUCCAAAGAAUGACAGAAAUAUAUGCAGAGGCGACUUCCGUGGUUGCAUGGCUUGGUCCCGACUAUGACAACAGCCACCUCGCCAUCGACUUGAUACUAGAGCUCGUGAAAGCAGACACGAAGGAUACAAGCCAUUGCAGAGGGAUCAUCAUGUCGCACAAAUGGAAGGACCAUUUCGUCGCUCUCGGAGAGUUCAUGGAACGAGAUUACUGGUAUCGACUCUGGAUUGUCCAGGAGAUAUUCAACGCACGUCAUGUGGACAUGUACUGUGGCUCAGUCAAGUUGCCAUUAUCAACUUUGACUGCUGCGUCAGAGAUUCUCGCACGCCAUAGAGAAACUGUGGAAUGGAUAUUCGGAAGCGACCAAAUAACAAAACGAAAAGAACAACUCAGGUGUAGUCUGUUAAUGAUGCGUCCAAGAGAAUCACGAUAUGACGAAAACCGCAAGUACGGCCUCCGAGAUGCAAUUCAAGCAACCAGCGAACAUCUCUGCAACGACCCACGAGACAAGGUAUACGGCAUCCUGGGGCUUUUGAGUGACAAUGAGCGGAGCCAAAUCUUGCCGGAUUACAACUUAUCAACGCGAAGAGUCUAUACCAAUGCUGUAGAGCAUAUUAUCAAGACAACAAAAAGCCUUCAAGUUAUAUGCCGCCCUGUUUUUGCUUGCUGCAUGUCCGCACACCAAGAUAAAGGCUUGCCAACUUGGCUUCCCGACUUCAGCGAUUCAAGACUCAUGCAGUCCAUUAUCGUGUGGGACCACUUUAAAGCCUCAAAGGAUACGGACGCUAGUGUGUCAUUUAUUGACAGACAGCGGAAACUUAAAACACUCAUGAUACACAUCGAUUAUAUCAGCAGUCGUGGGAUUUCACUUCCGCCAAUAUUCUCACUCACAACAGUGGUGAUGACAUUUCUCCAAUGGUGCUCGAUGGUGAUUGAGAAAUAUGAUUUUCAAGAGUCAGCCCACCUGGCAUUUUGCCGUCUAUUUCGCACAAAGCAGUCUCGGGCAAAUCUACUCACCGACCGACAAUGGAUGAAACGGGUUUAUGGUACAAUUAAGUACUACCAACACUCGUGGCUUCGCGGACUUGCUAUUGAUCGCCGACUGGACGUUCUUGCGGGUGAACGUCCAUUUUUUGAGCGAGAUGACGACGCUGAUCCUUGGAUCCUAGACGAACUUGGCCGGGGUAUGGUUAGCCGACGGUUUUGCAUUAGCGAUUCGGGACUAUUUGCGUUGGUGUCCGGUAGCGCUCACGAGGAUGACGAAAUUUACGUGCCAUUAGGGGCUCCAUUGCCGAUCGUAUUACGCAGAGACGGUCUAGAGUACAAAUAUGUUGGCGAAGCUUAUGUUGAUGGAUACAUGUUUGGAAAGGCCAUUGAUGAGCUUGAGAGGGGCGAGCGAGAGGUUCAGAGUGUUAUUCUAGUCUAGCUUUAAGUAUAGAAAUUAUUGAAUUAUGAUCAA